UGAAUGUUGAGCUAUUUUGGAGAAGUUUAGCGGGCCGUUUCUGUCUGUGUGUGUUUGUGUGAUAGAUGAGUAGAUUUUAGUACUCGUGCGCUGCUGUCAGGAAGUUUGUAAUAACCACCCCUCUAAAGAAAGAUCAUGGCUGCUCCAGUGUAUCUGGGCGAGGGUUCGCAGGUUCGUGGUGGCGAUCCAUACUACACAGAGAUCAUCAGCAAGAGGAUGCGAGUUCCAGAUCGGCUGAGGGUCGGCCAUGGAAGCCUGGCUGAGGAACAGAGGCCUGAGGAUCUACUUCCUGUCUAUAGCAUGCAUGUACCAGACAGACUGGCCUUAACAGACACUCCUGACCUCAGUCCACGGCCGCUCUUCUCCAAGCAGAGUGCCUCGUCAAUGUGGGAUCUGCAGCGUGGAACGUGGGAUAAGGAGGCACACACGCGAGAGCCCGUUCAGAGUCCACUACGCAGAUCGUAUAGUGACCAGACGUUUGGUAGAACCCCACCUGGAACCCCCCCACACUCCAAACAAGCACUACAUUCUCCUUCUAUUAGCCGCCGUGCUGGAAGAGCGCCCCCUGUAGACCCAGAUCCGCCCCUGCCUGAGCCCCUGCAGUUCCCCAACGGCCCACCCAGCCUACUGUCCCCACAGAGCAUGCUGCAGGCGGCCAGGCAGCUGGGCCAGCAGGCAUCAAAGAAAAUCCUCCAGACUGUCACUCAAAAAUACUCUUCCAGGUUCGGUUUCCCAGAAAACCCUCCACCUCACCCAGUCGAGGUCCACACUGAUCAGACCAGGAAAAGCACCAUGCAGGAGUCCUGGCUCAGUCCUGAAGAAGAGACAGGAACUGCAGUCGAGUUCAUCGUGCUUCGCAGACAGGUGGUGAAGAUGAGCAGGAGGAUAGCGGGGCUAGAGAGGCAGAACGCUGAACGCAGGCAGAAUGAACUGGUGCUCUUCUCUCUGCUGCUGUCUGCCUGUCUGCUUAAUGGCUGGCUGUGGAUGCGGAGAUAACCCUGCAGACCUCUGGCUGAUUAACUCCACUCCUCCACUUCCUCUCCAACAGGGCUCAGGCAAGCUGCCCUGCUACUAAAUCAUGCACUUAAACAAUACAUAGCUUAGGACUGCACUGUAAUGUGAUGGGGGGUUUGAGUCAAGAUGAACCAGAGUGUUGUAUAUGGGUGAGUUGAGCUUUUUCUGUUGGGAAGCACUAUGAAAACAUGACUUCAAGGAAAGUUACAAGUAUAUUCACAGCUCUCCACUCCUACAAUAAACACAGAAGCACUUUCCAAUCGAAAAGUCAUAAAGGGGAAUUCCACCAAACUUUCAAAAUUUCUGCUUUGACACACAUAAUUCAGAGUGCUUUGAUGUGAAGUGGUUCAUUGUAGAGAAAUCAACCAGCUCAGAUUCCUGUACAGUGGUGAUGAUAGGAACCAGGGGUCACAAUGUCUACAACACACACAGACAUUUUAUUUACUAUCCAAAACCACCUGCAAACCUACAUGUGUUCUGCGUUUUAUAACAGGACAGUAGUUUCAGUUGUUUGGGUACUGUUUUGUCUUACAACAUUCUACACAUGCAUGUGCCAUGAAUAGUUUUAGGGCAAAACCUUUUCAAAACUACCGUAAAACAAUGUAAAUGUUGAUGUUAGGUAUGUAUUUUGUAAGUGUUUUAUGCAAUAACAUUCUGUCAGGGAGCUUUUUAGAAGCAUUAAACUCUUCGGUUGUCUGGUUCCCAUCACCAUCACUGUGAACAAUUCUGAUUCCAGUUUCUCUAGAACCGAGCAUUCACAUCAAACAACUCUAAAUUACUAUGUCAUAACUGAAAACUAACUAAAAAUCUGUGAAAUUUCCCAUUGUCCACUGUUACAAUACAAUGCAAGGUUGGCUUAUUCUGACAACACAGGCUGGACAGUAAAUGGAACGAUUUAUUUUAUUUUGUAUUUAAUUUUGAAUUUUCGUCAGAUUCUGUAUGAAAGGCAGUUGAGAGUUUCUGAGAUGCUGGAGGUGCGACAACAUAUAAUAGUCAUUUACACACUUAACCGAAAUUAUAAAUAUGCUGGAAGACUUGAUAAAUAAGUCUGUAUGUUUCAUUGUGUUUUGGAUUUCCAACAGAUCUUGCCAGUUUUGUCUCUCAAAAAGAAUCACACUAAUGCUUUUAUAUUCAUGCAUGAAGUUUACCUUUUUUAUUUCAGCUUGUUGGACUGCAUUUGUAAUGUAAUACAUAAGCCUAUUUAAUCUAGUUUAGUAGGAAAAUACUGUCUAGAGUCUUGGACGUUGUUGCAUGUCUUCCUUCCAAGUGCAAAAGCUGCUUGAGUAAGCAGACAGAAACAACAAAACAAUCAAUUGCUCAGUAUAUUUAUUUAUUGAAAAAUUAAAUUAAAUUUUGUCAAGAAAAAAAUGUUAUUUGGAACAUGUUCUGGAGUAUAAACCAAAUAAAAAAUGUCAAACCACAAAAGGACAACUGUAUGAGAUGAAUUUUGUAAAAACAAAAUAU